UUGUGAUUUCCAUUCUUCCUAUUCUCCCGGCGCAAUUUUAGCACGCUCCCCACCUACCUUCGACUUGUCCUUUCCCUUGGUGGUCUUUCAAACUUUCCUUUUCCGCUUCUCUUCUCGUAUUGUCUGUGUCUGUUUUUUUCCCCCACAAGGUACCUUCCUAGCUAAGGAAACUUCUAGUUCUUCGUCAGCUCUCACUUCGGUGAUCUUAAUCAAAGGGUUUUCAAUCGUACCAGUUCUCUGGUUGCUUCUGCAAAUCAUGAUGCGCCACAAAUUCUGAGCGUACUAUUCUUUGAUCCCCGUGAGCCGUGAGAUUGGUUGAGAUAAUUGGGGGAAAUUGGCAAACAUGGGAUUUAGUGGGGGCUCUGCUUUGAUGAGGUUGGGGGUGAUGGAUUCGGCCGCUGAACUAGCUUCUGUUGAAGCCAUAACCUUGUUCGCUGUGCUACUUAGUGCUUGCAUAGUGAUUGGUCAUCUUCUCGAGGAGAACCGAUGGCUCAACGAGUCAAUCACUGCGCUUAUAAUUGGUUUGUGCACUGGCACAAUUAUUCUUCUCUAUACAAAAGGGAAAAGUUCACGCCUUUUGGAAUUUAAUGAAGAACUUUUCUUUAUUUAUGUUCUUCCACCCAUUAUAUUCAACGCGGGAUUUCAGGUAAAAAAGAAGCAGUUUUUCCGAAACUUUAUGACUAUCAUGUUGUUUGGUGUUUUUGGUACAUUGAUAUCCUUCGGCAUCAUAUCAAUUGGUGCGAAGGGAUUGUUUGGAAAACUGGAUAGUGGUUCAUUGGAGUUGGGGGAUUUUCUUGCAAUCGGAGCAAUCUUAUCGGCAACAGAUUCUGUUUGCACUUUGCAGGUGCUUAACCAGGAUGAGACACCUUUACUGUACAGUAUUGUGUUUGGGGAAGGUGUGGUGAAUGAUGCCACAUCUGUUGUGCUUUUCAAUGCAAUCCAGAAAGUUGACCUCUCUAACAUCAACUCAAGCAUUGCCUUGCAGUUUAUAGGCAAUUUUCUCUCUUUAUUUUUCUUAAGCACCUUGCUUGGGGUGUUGAUUGGAUUGCUUAGCGCAUACAUCAUUAAGAAGUUGUACUUUGGAAGGCACUCCACUGAUCGUGAAAUUGCACUUAUGAUUCUCAUGGCUUACCUUUCAUACGUCAUGGCCGAACUGUUCGACUUAAGUGGAAUUCUCACUGUAUUCUUUUGUGGGAUUGUCAUGUCACACUAUACCUGGCAUAAUGUGACCGAAAGUUCAAGGGUAACUACCAAGCAUGCAUUUGCAACGUUGUCAUUUGUUGCGGAGCUCUUCAUUUUCCUCUAUGUUGGUAUGGAUGCCUUAGACAUUGAGAAGUGGAGCUUUGUAAGUGACAGUCCUGGAAAAUCUGUUGUGGUGAGCACAGCACUUCUUGCCCUGGUUCUGGUUGGGAGGGCAGCUUUUGUAUUCCCUCUUUCCUUAUUAUUAAACAUUACAAAGAAAUCAAAAAGUGACAAAAUUGAGUUCAAGCAGCAGAUUACAAUUUGGUGGGCUGGCCUGAUGAGAGGAGCUGUUUCCAUGGCACUUGCUUAUAAUAAGUUUUCGAGGUUUGGCCAUACUCAACAGCCUGGCAAUGCUAUCAUGAUCACUAGCACCAUCUCUGUUGUUCUUUUCAGUACAUUGGUGUUUGGAUUGCUGACCAAGCCUCUAGUAAGGUUUUUCCUACCGUCAAAUCAUUCUGAACCAUCUAGUCCAAAAUCAAUCACUUUGCCACUUCUCGGCAAUGGGCAAGAUUCAGAAGCUAACAUGAAUGGUCAAACUAUUCCCCGCCCAACCAGUCUACGCAUGCUUCUAAGCACCCCAACUCACACUGUCCACCAUUAUUGGAGAAAAUUUGAUGAUGCCUUCAUGCGUCCUAUGUUUGGUGGAAGGGGAUUUACUCCGUAUGUUCCUGGCUCGCCAACAGAAGUGCCUGCUCAUUAAUUUCAUUGAGAAGUAAACCAUGAAAGAUUUUUGCUUCUGGUGGGUUUUGAGGAUGUUAAUUACUGCUGAUAACCUUCUUUUCCACUCUUACUAUGAUGGAGUGAUUCUAUUGGUCAUCAUACUUGCAUAGUUACGUGUGCACAGCCACACGCUUUUAAUACAUCAUAUUAACCCCACGUGUAACAAAACACUGCUUUUCUAGUGCUAAUAAUAGAUUAGCAUUUUGUAAAUUGCUUAAAUGUAAUUAUUUUCUUUUUCUUUUAGAUUUUUGCUGGGC